AUGGAUUCAAGUGGGAGAUGGUUUGCAUUUAUCAGAUUCACCGGAGUAAAAUAUGCGUCAGACAUGGAAGCUAGGUUACAAGGAAUCUCAUGUAUGGGGAGAAUAUUGAUGAUAAAUAUUGCAAAGUUUGAGAGAAAGGAGAUAAACAAGAACAAGAGGGAGGUUCCAGCCGCAAGGAGAUUCCAGGAAGUACAAAGAGCCCCAAAUGACGCUUGGAGGGACGGAAGAACCUUUGCUAUUGUGGCAGCCGGAUUUCCCUCCCUCCCCCCUCCUCAGCCUCCUACCUUAAGCUCUUCACCGAUUCAGCUUCGAUCAUGUACCUUCAUGGAGUACUGGCUGAAAAGUGAAUUAACACUUGUCGGUGAAGUCAGAAGCUAUACUCAUCUGACAAGUUUACCAGAUUCAAUUUUUAAUAGAGAAGAUGGAAGAUACAAAGCAAAAUACCUAGGUGGACUAAAAAUUGGUAUUAGAUUCAGAAAUCCCUCCGAUGUGAGGAAUUUCAUGGAGGAUAAGGAAUUUUGGAGACUAUGGUUCAAAUGGAUUGAUAGGGGGGAUAAGGUAGAUAUAAAAGAAGAUAGGAUCGCUUGGCUUAAAGUGGUUGGAUUGCCCAUACAUCUGUGGGACGAAGGAAACUUGAGAGCAAUAACCCGGAAGCUAGGUGUGAUCUCUAAGUCGAUGGAGAUAAGCAUGUCAAAGAUUGAUGUGUCAUAUAUGAAGAUCUGUGUCAUUACUACGUCUCUAAAGAGAAUAAGUGAAGAGAUCAUAGUUGCUGUAGACAACAGAAUAUUCAAAAUUGGAGUAUACAAGAUUGAUGAUGAUUGGAAGCCAUUUUCGACUCACAAUUAUGACAAUGAUUCUGAAUAUGAAGAUGAAGACGAUGAGGAUGCCAUCUCCAAUACAAUGAUUGUUGAUGAUGAGAAUAAGUCUGAUGACAUGAGGGAGACGUUAGAAGAAGGCGAAAUAGAUUCAGAAUUUGAUUCGGAACGAGUCCCUGGAUCCUAG